AUGGCGCAGCGCUCGGGGAAGAUCACUCUCUAUGAGGGCACCCACUUCACGGGGCGGAAGCUGGAGGUCUUUGGGGACUGUGACAACUUCCAGGACCGAGGCUUUAUGAACCGGGUCAACUCCAUCCACGUGGAGAGUGGAGCCUGGGUCUGCUUCGACCACCCCGACUUCCGGGGCCAGCAGUUUGUCCUGGAGCACGGCGACUACCCUGACUUCUUCCGCUGGAACGGCCAUAAUGACCACAUGGGCUCCUGUCGGCCUGUGGGAAUGCACGGGGAGCACUUCCGCCUAGAAAUCUUUGAGGGCUGCAACUUCACUGGCCAGUGCCUGGAGUUCCAGGACGACUGCCCCUUCCUGCAGAGUCGGGGCUGGGCCAAGAACUGUGUCAACGCCAUCAAGGUGUACGGGGACGGAGCGUGGGUCCUGUACGAGGAGCCCAGCUACCGCGGCCGCAUGUACCUGGUGGAGCGCGGCGACUUCCGCAGCUUCUCCGACUGGGAGGCCCCCAGCGCUCGCGUCCAGUCCCUGCGCAGGGUGGUCAACUUCUUCUAGCCGGGCAGCCCGUGUCUGGCCUGGA